AUGGGGGUGGAUCGAGGACGCGCUCGGCGCGCGCGAGAGCGCGUCGCGCGCGUCGAUCUCGCGGUGCGCAUGCGCGAGGACGUACCGGCGAACGCGAACGCGUCGUGCGUCGGCGUCGGGGACGAGGCGGCGGGUAAAGCGAAGGGGUGCGAGGGAUGUCCGAAUCAGGCGGCGUGCGCGUCGGGAGCGGCGAAGAAAGCGAGCGAGGAGGGGGACGUGGACGCGCUGAGAGUGGCCGAACGCCUGCGUGAGGUGAAACGGAAGAUUUUGGUGCUCAGUGGGAAGGGUGGGGUGGGAAAAAGUACGUUUGCGGCGCAGUUGGCGUUCGGAUUGGCGAGAGACGGGAGAGACGUCGGCUUGCUCGACGUGGACAUCUGCGGACCGUCGGUGCCGUUGAUGUUGGGAGAGGUCGGGUCGGAGGUGCACAAGAGUAACUCUGGAUGGUCCCCGGUGUACGUGGAGGAGAAUUUGGCGGUGAUGUCGAUCGGUUUCUUGUUGCCGAAUCCAGAUGACGCGGUUAUUUGGCGCGGGCCGAGAAAGAAUGGUUUGAUUAAGCAGUUCUUGGGGGACACUGAGUGGGGAGCGCUGGAUUACCUGAUCGUUGAUGCCCCACCAGGGACGUCAGAUGAACAUCUGAGCGUGGUGCAGUACAUGAAGGAGGCUGGGGUCGACGGGGCGCUCAUCGUUACGACGCCGCAGGAGGUGGCCAUGGCGGACGUGCGCAAGGAGCUCAAUUUUUGCAAAAAGACCGGAAUCAAGGUUCUCGGCGUGGUGGAGAACAUGUCUGGACUGCGGUUAGCAUUGGAUGCCGUGUCAUUCGUAAAUGAGAGCUCGGGAGCGGAUGAGACGGCGCGUGUGAGGGAGCUUUUGGCGACGCACGCCCCAGACCUCGCCGAGAGUCUCGGCAUACACGCCGAGGUCUUCGCCCCGUCUAAGGGCGGGGCUGAAGCGAUGUGCGCGCAACUCGGCGUGCCGUUCCUCGGCCGAGUCCCACUCGAUCCCACUAUCGCGAGAGCCGCGGAGCAGGGCAAGAGCGUUUUCGACCCCGAGCUUCGCGUCGCCUCUGUGUCCGCCGUCGACGCCGUCGUGCGAGGCGUCGUCGUCGCCGCGGGCGACACCGCGUGA